AAGGUCAUACUGGGCUAUCGAAAUACAAAAAAAAGUAGCCUUCAGAAAAACGCCACCAAAAAUUAAUAUAAAAAAGAAAAAACAAAUGGAUUGCGACAAACUGAGCGCUGUGCGCGUUGGCGUUCGCGAAGCACCAUUUCGCUCCUUCCUUGGUCGCCAGGAGCCCAGCAUUGUGCACUUCUCGCCGCAGGCCGGCAACUCCUUGGUGGUGGACCAAAAUGAUUACCACUUUGACUACGCCUUCCGCUCCACCGUCAGCCAGCUGGAGCUCUACGGUGCGCUCAUCAUGCCGCUGGUGGACAAGCUCUUUUGUGGCUUCGAGUGCACGGUCAUGGCCUACGGGCAGACGGGCACCGGCAAGAGCUACUCCAUGGGCAUGACGGCCGACAAUCAGGCCACCAGUGAGGAGCAUCUGGGCGUGCUGCCGCGCUGCCUGCGCGACAUUCUGGACCGUGUGGCCGCCAAGCAGGAGAACACCUUGGAGCGCAUUCAGGUCUCCGCCUCCUUCAUCGAGAUAUACAACGAGAAGGCCUACGAUCUGCUGGGCGCCACUCCCAUGGACCCAAUGCUGGCCUCGCGCUGCAACAGUUGCACCUGCCUGCCGCUGGCCAGCCAGGAGGAUCUGCAGCGCCUGCUGCAGCUCGGCAAUAACAAUCGCCACGUGCGGCGCACCAAUAUGAACGCGAACAGCUCCCGCUCCCACGCCAUUGUCACCAUCCAUAUGCGCCGACAGGGUGGCCAGCUAUUCCGCAUGAACAUUGUCGAUCUGGCCGGCUCCGAGGGUGUGCGGCGCACCGGCCACGAAGGCGUCGCACGCCAGGAGGGCGUCAGCAUUAACAUGGGCCUGUUGAGCAUCAACAAGGUGGUAAUGGCCAUGGCGGCCGGCCACACAGUGAUCCCCUACCGCGACAGCGUCCUCACCACGGUCCUGCAGAAGUCGCUGACCUCGCAGUCAUACCUCACCUUCCUCGCGUGCAUCAGCCCGCAUGCCUGCGACCUAAGCGAGACCAUUUCCACGCUGCGCUUCGCCAAGAGCGCCAAGCGGCUGCGCCUCAAUCCACAACAGAUGAUCAUGUCGCGCAACCAUCAGCUGCAGCAGCAGCAGCAGCAGCAGCAGCAGCGGCAAACCCUUGCCGCCCGCACGCCUCACGCCCUCCGUCGCCCGUUUACCAGCUCGACGACCGUCAAGGUAAGCAGACCGACGCAACGCGAUGCUCAGAACAGCUUCUACCUGAUGCCGCCCAAGCCCAAGGAGAGCAUGCCACUGAUGCAGCUGCAGCGCACACGCUCCGAGAUGGGUCUCACGCCCAAGGCCAAAAAGCGUGCUCGCGAGGAACUGCAGAUGGAGACGACAAUGGAUGCGCCAUCGGACAGCAAUCACUCGGCAAUCAGUCUCGUCGAGAAAGGCUGCUCGGCUGCUGUGUCCCUUUCUAACUCGGAGACAGAGUCAACAUUGGUGGAGCCAUUAUCGGGCAGCAAUGUCACGCUGAAGCAGGAGCAGGAGCAGGACUCCAAUGGCACAAUGGGUCCUCCACAACCUCCUCCGGCCAUUCCUCUUUUCCAUUCCUCUUUGCUGAGCAUAGCAGAGGAGCCAUACUCACAGCAGCAGAAGCUGCAGCAGCGGCAGUUGCUCUUCGACAAUACCUGCAGUCCGAUUGUCCUGCCAGCGGCUGGACCACUGGAAAUGAGCGGCAUCCAGCCGCUCGAUAUUAGUCAGAGGCCAGUGCUCAGAGCCAGACGCUCCGCCCGCCUUAUUUUCAACUCCAACAGACAGCAGUCCUCCACGGAGCAGCAACAGCAGCAGCAGCAGAAUCAAAACGGGCUGCGACGCAGCAUGAGGCUGGCUGUUAAAUUGGAGAGCCACGCCGUCACAGCCAACCAAUUGUUGGCCUCUCAGGACUCGGGCAGCGUUGGUGCCAGUCGCAAACGCUCAAAGGCAGCCGCUAAACGCUGGAUGAACAAUCAAAAGGACACUUUCCUGAAUCUACUCAACUCGGCAGAUGUACGCGAACUGCAGAAGCUGCCCGGCAUUGGCCCCAAGACCGCCUUCUCCCUGGCGCUGCAGCGAGGUCGACUGGGUGGCUUUCAGAGCCUCAGCCAGGUCCAGGAACUACCCAUUUGGGGGCUCGUGAAGUGGGAGCGCGUGUGUGGGGCCAACGGUUUGGAUCCGUAGAAGAAAAGCUAAGCUAACCUAAGAAUUCGCCAUCUCUAUGUGUAAUAAUCCUGUCGCUGCUGUGCGUUAAAAUGUAAGGGUUUUUUUUUUGCCUUUUUUUUUUUUGCAUACGGUAAGCGCAGAGAGAAAAUAGUCCUCGGAGGGAACAGUUUACACUCACCCAAUGAAAAUUAAUUAUAAUUUAAACUUAAACUUUUUUUUAACUCGGCUUACGAUGUUAAGUGGCUCUGUAAUAUUUGAUGUAAACUAGCAUAAGAUUUGCAACCCUUUGUACCACCGACCCUCCUCAUAGGCAUACAAACCGAAAACAAAAUAAGAUAAUUGACCAAAAACAA